AGCAAGUAACUAACAAGCAUCAAAGAAUUAAAUCUCACCUUUUGCCUCUUUCUUCUUUCAAGAUCAUUAUUGAUUAAGAUUGAUAUCUCAUCCAUCCUCAUACAUUAAUUGAUACCAAACAUAUUUGGAUUAUUGUAAAUAAACAAAGACAUGAUUUUCUCAAAGAGCAAGAAAGUUUGGUUGCCUAAGCUCAAAUCUAUGAGUUCAUCAACAAAAGGAAAUUAUGCUACUAGAAGGAAAGAUGUGAAAGAAGAUUGCUUAUGUGAGAAGCCAAAUGUGAAUGAAGAGUACAAGGAAGUCUUUAGAACACAAUCUUACAUGGAAAUAUUAAGCAAAGUCCAAGUUCUAGUCCCACAAUCACCAAAACAAACUUCAAAACACAAUCAUUCUUCUUCUUCGUCUUCUUCAUCUUCUUCAAACCUUAAUUAUUUAUCAUCCACAUCUUCGCCUUCAACUUCAUAUUCGUCCCCACUUCCCUUUUACUCUGAUCUUCUUCUUGAACCAUUGCAAGAAUCCUUAACCAACAUCAUAAAGUCCUCAAAGCUCCAAACCCUACUCAUGGACUACUUUGAUGCUAGCCUCGAAGCUUGCAAUACAUGUGAAUCCCUCCUUAUAAGUAUUCAAAAAACUCGAUUGAAUCAUCGGAGAAUCCAAAGGGUGAUUAGAUUAUCUCAAGGAGGAAACAACAAUCAACAAUGCAUUGAAAGAGCAAUACUACAAGACUUAGCUUCCUAUGCAAAUCUAACCAAUCCUUUAUCUAACACCAAUAAUGAUUCAAUAGAUUUUCCUAGGAUACGUGAGAAAUAUGCAUUUCUAUUGCGUAAGUUAACUACAAAAGGAAAAAAAUUAAAGAAAAAGGAGAAAUUCACACAAUUUUACAAGAAACUAGUCAAGUAUGGGUUCACGAUUAGUUACACCAUGGUCGCAAUUACAUUAUUAGGCCUAUCAAAUCAUAGCAUGGUAGGGUUACAAGGAAGACCAAAAGGGGCAUUAUUGUCAUUUUCUAAGGAUAUUGUAACAAAGUUAAGAAAUUACAUAAAUUGUGAUGACGUUAAAAUGAACGUGCUUAAACACCUAGGCGAGCAACUAGAUGUAGCGGCUCGAGGGAUUUACAUCUUCAUCAACGAUUUCGACACGGUGGAGAGGCUUGUAACACGGUUGCACGACGAGGUGGAGCAUAGGAGAGAGAUUGCCGCCGUGUGUGUAAGGAAUGAGAAGUGUCAUGAAGUGAUGAGGGAAGCUUUAAGGGAUAUUCAUAUGCAUGAACAAGGGUUUGAAGAACAAUUGCAAGAGUUAGAAGAACAUAUUUACUUGUGCUUUUUGACUAUAAAUAGAUCAAGAAGAUUAGUUAUUCAACAAAUAUUGUCUCCUUUGAACUCAUAGAGGAAAAACAAAAAUGUUUAAGAUGAUGAUUAAAGUCAUAUCGUAUAUACUUUAUUAAACGUGGCAAAAAUCCUAUUGAAAAAGGGAUGAAAAUUCCAUCUUUGGGCUGGAUGAUUCUUUGGAAUUUGAAGGUGUAGGAGUUUAGUUAGUUGAUGUAUUUUUGUAAAACAAUACAAUUCUUUC